UUGCCUAUUUUUCAGUGGACUGGAUUCCUCUGUGACUUCCUAUACACAGAGUCAGGUGAAUGGAAUGGUGCUGGCUGUCAGGGAGUUUGCUGUGGAGACAUCUCAACUGACCAGAAAGACACUGUUUACCGAGGCCAAGUCCGAGGAGAAGGGAAGGAAGAGGCGACAGGCAGGGUCACAGGGUCAACGAGCAAGGUCACAGGGUCGUGGUGAUACAGAGUGUGCGACACAUCCUGAAAAUUUCUUCCAAAAUUAUUUUGAAGUGUUUGGAAGGAUGUUUUCCUUAAAAAAGGGUGAAAUACCCCAGAGAUGGUUUACCUUCCGACACCAAGCCGUGAGAAACAGUCCUGAUCUGGUGUAUCAUUUCUUCUCUAAAGGGAAGUCAAUGGAAGAACUCUUUUUCCUGAUGGAGAUAAAGGAAUUCCCAGUUAAUCAGGGUGCAGUAGAUUUUGAAGAACAAGUUGGAACCAGAGAGUUAGCGCGAGUUGGAGCUGAGCUGUUGGGCCAGUCUAUGUGUUGUGUAUUUUAUCCCUGUUCUCUGGGGGUCCUCUGUAUGGAAACUAAAUUGAUGUUUGUUUUCCUGAAAAUCUCACUGAAACAUUCCAUCUCCAUUCGUAAGGGAGAGAAGGGAUCUCCAGAUACUCCGUGUAAGAUCAUGUACACCGAGGUGUUUGACAUUCUGAAAGCUGAGGACAGAUUAAAAAUGUCGGACAUCUUGUUCUGGUUAGGGUGUGUUCAGGAUUAUGGAAAAUAUAAGUUUUUCUGACCAUGAACAGUGUAUUAUUAGCAAUUGUGAGAGGUUGUCGGUGAAAUGUACAUUACAAAUUAUUGUCUAAGUUUGUCAGAAUACAACACAUUUACAGUCUUUGUCAAAAUUUGUCAUUAAAUACCAUUAAUUUUA